AUGGCGGCACUGAAGUUCGCGGACGUCGGUGAAUAUGGAACAAGAGGCAGCGCUCUCCUUAUUUCAAUGCUUUUUAGAAAAGCGUGCGCCAGCGGCCGCUCCAAACCGCCGCGCCCUUGCCCUGCCCCGCGGGUCCCCUGCCUGACCCGGGGGAAAGCCACCGAGAAGCCAGCCGGCCCCCUGCUCAGCCGCCUGGCGGGUGGCUUGGAGCAGCUGCUCGGCAGCACUGCUCCGGGAGUGCCUGGCAUGCAGCUCCCCCUAGUACUUCUAGCCAGAGCGGCCUCUUCUGAGCCCUCGUGGAGCGCCCAUCGCGUCGCGGCACUAGGCGGCACAGAUCCCGCCGCGGCGGCACGCCCAACGUCUUCUGUCUCCGCGCCCAGGUCGGAUCCCUCCGCGCCCCGCGGCAACGCAAACUCCCUGAGCCCCGGCAAGCGCCAGGUCGAGGAGGGCGGGCCCGCCAAGGGUCAAGCGAAAACGACAGGCGAGACAGCCAAUCGAGACGCGGGAUCGGGCGGCAGCGAUGUGGCGAGCCAAUGGGCGCCGCGGAGGGCCUGGCCGGGUGGAGGAAGCGCGGGGGCGACGGCGAGCGUCGUCGUGGCCGAGGAGAUUUUCGGGGCGCGGGCCGUCCAGCCCGGUGGUGUCUUCGGGAAGGUCAUCGGAAGGCGUUCCGCCGCCUACGUCAUCGACGAGGAGUGCCUUGUGUUCCUCGAUCUUUCCGCCCACGCCCCGCCGCUUUUCCUGGUCAUGCCCGCGGAGCCAAUUAUCAGGUUAUCUAAAGCAGAAGAUUCUGGCCAAUCCCUUCCUGGGCGUUUGGUGACUGUCGGCAAGAAGCGUGCCGCUCGCCUGGGCCUGAGCGAUGGAUUCCGGGUGGCUGUGGAUGAAGGGCCCGAGGGUGGGCAGUCCGCCUCUCGCGUACAUCUACAUAUUGCGGGCGGCCAUCGUUUGGGCUGGCCGCCUGGCUAAGAUGCUUGCCGCGCAAGAGUUGCUGCAGGUGGACAAAUCGGCACCGAAUGGAUUUCGUCUGUUGCCCGUCGAUCCAGCCACCGUUGACGUCUGAGCUUUGGCGAGGCGUGUCCGCGGGAGGUAAUAAAAGCUUUGAGCAGCAUUUGCACAAUAAAGAUUUAACAUGGGGAUAUCAACUCCGUCCCGUGCGUCUCA